AUGCAUCAAAGAUGCUGCCAGGGACAACAGGCGCUCAUCACCUGGAACAAAGCCAUCAGUGCUUGCAAGCGCCAGGCCGACUGGCAAGGAGCUCUGCUGCUCUUGUGCGGCCUUGGUUUUCAGAAGUUGCAGGCUGACAUCAUCUCCUACACUGCCGCGAUUGGGGCCUGCGAGAGAUCCCAGAGGUGGCAGCAGGCUUUGCAGCUCUUGCAUGAGGCGCUGGCAAGGGCCCUGCAAGCAAACGAGCUCACCUUCACUGCGGCCAUCAGCGCCUGCGAAAAGUCGGGGAGUUGGCAGAAGGCGCUGGUGCUCUUGGAUCAGGUGAGCUUGCAAGGACUGCAAAGAGACCUGGUGCUUCUGAAUGCAUCCAUCAGUGCCUGUGCCAAAGCGGGCAUGUGGCUCAGUGCCUUGGAACUCGUCCUCGACGCAGAACACCAGCUCGUCCAGACGGACCUUAUCUCGCAGAACGCCUGCAUCAGCGCCUGUGCUAAGGCAGCGGAGUGGAGAUCUGCCCUGCAAGUACUCGCCGACCUGGAAGUGAGAGGUCUUCUGCCCGACGUGAUCACCUACAGCACGGCGAUUAGCUCCAUGGAGUCGGAGUGGCAGUUGGCCUUGCACCUGCUGAAGUCUGGCCAGGCCAACGUGAUCACGUACAACUCGACCAUCACAAGCUUCGGAGUAUCCAGUCAGUGGUGCCGUGCCUUCGAACUCAUGGCCGAGAUGGCUUCUGACAACGUCUGGGCCACCAUUGUGACGCACAACGCGGCCAUCGCUGCCUGUGAACGUGCUUCUGAGUGGCAGCAGGCCUUUGAGGCCUUUCUCCGGCUUCUAGACGGGCCUGCGAAAGGGCUGGUGCCGGAUGUGGUGACCCUGAAUGCCGCCCUGAGUGCCGCUUCACAUUCCUCCGAAUGGCAGCAGGCGAUCCGACUGCUCAAUGCUGCGGUCGCGCAGAAGAUGCGGCCGGAUGUUGUGAGCUUCGGGACCCUCAUCACGGGCUGCGAGCGCGCGGCUCUGUGGCAGCAGGCCCUGCAGCUUCUCGGCGAGCUCGAUCGCCGCAGCCUGGAGGCGAACGUGGUGACCUACAGCGCUGCCAUCAGUGCCUGCGAGAAGGUCUCCCGGUGGCCUUCGGCACUGCAGCUCCUUGCCGAGCUGAAGAGGUCGCAGCUGCAGCCGAACGUGGUCGCUCUGAGCGCCGUGGUGAGUGCCUUGGAGCGGGCCGCGCGGUGGCAGCUCGCGCUGCGGCUCCUCACAGACUUCCCGGCGGCUCCCAACGCCGUCACCCUCAGCGCGGCUUGCAGCGCCUGCGAGAGGGCAUCAGCCUGGGACAUGGCUCUGUCCCUCCUGACUCUCUUUGGUAGAGACGGCAGAGACAAGCUCGUCUACAGCUCAGUGGUGGGUGCCUGUGUGAAGGUCGCAGAGUGGGAGCAGGCCCUGUGCUUGAUGAGGGAGCUUCCUGAAACCGAUAUCAUCCUUCUUUCUCUGGGCAUCGCUGCCUGCUACCAGGGCUCCUUGUGGUGCCAGGCCCUGGUACUUUUAAGUCAGCUCGGGCCACUCACCUGCAGGACCAUGGCGAGUGCAUGGGUGGAAAAAGCCACGGCCACUUCUUGA